UACGACUUUUAUGGACAUUCUUAUAUCGAUGUUCGGAAGGAACAAACACUACGUAUAAUAAACUUAGCGAGAUAAUUAGACAUUUAUUUCCGGCAAAUCGUAGGUCUUGUUAUGUAAACUUGGAUCUAUUUGUGCAAUUCAUUCAUUUUGUUGGAAUACGUCAUUAUGAUUACUGUAUGAAGAACCUUGUAUUUAUGCUAAUGAAUUCAGAAAAUAUAGUCAAUGCUAAUUCAUAUGCAUUGGAGCUAAUUGCACCUGAAAGAAUGAGAAUUGGAAUACGAUCAUUUAUGAUGAUAUUAUACAGUAUGCAGGCUUCCGAGUUGAGGCCACCGUUUCCUAGUAAUCCUGAUCUAUUGGACCAAAGGCAAGGUCUUGGCAUAAAGACUUCUUCAGAUGUUCUCUCUGACGAUAUUUUUAACCAAGCUGGCUUGAAAGAAAAUGUUGAUAGGUUUUGCGACAUUACUUAUAGAAUAGCGGUUAUUUUGGAUCAGCGUUUUGGUAAUUUAACUGUAUUAGACGAAAAAUAUUUAAUGAAGGCCGUUGUUGAUUCUCCCAAUAUGAUCACGUACACUUAUAGCUCGAUGACUGUAUCCUAUUCUAAGGAUAGACAGGCUUAUUUUAAUUUGAUGAGAGAAUAUGUUGAUUCGCUCCCUCGAUUAUUAAACAAAAACGCUAGAAUAAAAAUUGUUGAGAUGUUGUGCAGGUAUACUGUACAUGUUGAUCCGAGCCUUGCGAGAUCAGCUUCUGUUGCCCUAAUGCGUAUCGCAGAUCAAUGCGGUGCUGAAACAGUCAUUACAGGGUUUUCUCGAUUUGUACACAAGAUUGAAGAUAAAUUUUAUGAGAUUCUUGUUGGUUCGCAGGUUGGAUCCUUUGGAAUUUUAAGGCUAUAUUAUGAUUUACUUAAACGUUGGUUAUAUCAAUUACAGAAUAAAAAUUCUAAUGAAGUAGUCAGGAAUUUUAAUGAUGUCGAAGAUCCAACUAUAUGGACAAUUAUUGAAGAGACAGAAGCAAAUGGCUUGUUGUUUCUUUGUAGUCGGUCGUGCAUGGUCAGAAAGUACGCAAUCAGCAUUCUUCAUAUGGCCGCUGAACUUGACCGACAGUUUCAUGAGCGAAAAGAAAAAAAUAACUCAGUACGAUCGUGUGCGGCUAGUAUCGAAAGUAAGCAUUCUGGUGUUGCAGACGAUGAUGCUAGUAAUAUAAAGCAUGAUGGAACUUUGCUCAAUAAUAAUCCUGGGAUCAAAUUAUCAUAUUCUGCAAAUGGAAACGACCAGAAUUCAGAUUAUACAUGUAUUAUUCAUGUGCUUGAACGUGGGGGUAAAGAAUUAAUCAAACUCAACACCGAACUACAAAACACACUAUCAAUUGUUGAAAAUGUAAGAUUAUCAAACCUUCAAAAAUUAGGGAAGGAUGUUCUUCUACGCCUUGUUGAAAGUGAAAAUCCAACUGAUGCAGCUAUAUGGGCUCGAUGCUUCCCAGACUUCAUUAAAAUUUGCACAGAAUAUUGCCCUGUGACUGUGGCGAUAUGUAGAGACAACAUUUGUGCACGUAUCGUAAAAAUGCAAAUGGCUAUUGUUACAGCCAGUGAAAGCCUAUCGCGUGCACCAUCUGCAACUUUGUCAGUGCCAAGGUUCCAUUACUCAAAGGUAAUCUUAUCUGCAACGGACGAACUCAUUGAACAAUGGAGAUCUUAUUUAAUUGUCGCUUGCUCUACUAUUACUUCGACUGAUGAAUUGGUUGAUCAAAAAUCAUCAUCUCAUGCUCGUAAACGAACGGCUAUAACAGAGCGUAUUGCUUCUGCUAGAGAUUUAUUCCGUAUGAUUUUGCCUCUUCUAUCAUCAGAUCAUUCCAUAAUAAGGGAAUCUGUUGUAACUGCCUUGGGAAAUAUUAAUGAAAAUGUCUAUAAAGUUUUGCUUGAAGAUAUGCAACCUUUCUUUAGAUCAGUGAUUGAUGAUUAUAAGACUAAAGUUAACAAGCAGCAAUACGCCAAUAUACAUAAACGUGCUAGAAGAUUUGAAAGAUUAAGAGUUGAACUUGCACAUGUUUAUCAAUUGACAGCACACUUUCUUGUUAAAGUAGAAAUAAUAAGAGACUCUUCCGUUUCAUCACUAAUAAUGACAUUUGUUAAGGAAACCAUAGCUUUUCUUCGGGAUCUCGAAGUUGCCAACGACUGGGAUUGGCAAAAACUUCGCCAAUAUUUUUGUGGAGUGGUUGAAAAAUUAUAUGAUGGACUUUGUAUUUUGCAAUCUGAAAAUAAUGAAAACAAUGAAAUGCCCUUCGAAAUGCGAACAUUAAUAUUCAAAAUGAUUGAAGAAUGGUGUGGUCAUGGUAAAAAGGGUGUUCAAUACCGAGCUAGAGAGGCAAAUAUGUUGACGACGAUAAUGGAUCAAUACAGAGAUUCUGAAGAAAGACGACCUUUAACCGCCCAAUUAGAAAAUGACAGAAAGGCUUUAGAGUUUGCUGCAUUAAGUGCUAUGGCUUCAUUAUGCCGAGGGAAUCUUGUUAAGCAAGAUUCUAACGCGACAAAGAAGCAAUUAUUGGAUGCUGACUGCGUAUUUCCUUGGAUACAGUCAGUAUUUGAAGAUCUACAAGAUAGACUACAUCCCAUUGCACGGAAAGCACUUAAGGGUUUGCUAAUUUCUAAUUCGAAUACGCCGAAUUUUCUUGAAGUUCCCAUACGAUUAUGCUAUUCUGGAAAUUCUGCUAGUAAGAGCACGCAGGGAUACUUUUUAGCAAUAACAGAAGUUUUCUUUGAAAACAGAGACUACCCCUUUCAAGAUAAUCAACCUUGUAAUGUACUAGCUUUAGCUUUAUUCAAAACUGGAGACGCUGAUCUAGAAGUACGUCAAAGUGCUCUAAAGUUGCUAAAUAUUAUAGAAACCCGAUUUUAUAAGGAUAGUUGCACUGACGAAUUUAAGGUGGGAAUUACUAGUCAACUAUCAUCUAUAUAUAAGCAAGCACAACUUACAUUAUCAACUCGUCUUGCACAAAAUGCUCGGAAAAGAGAUGAGGAAAAACGAAUUGCGAAUAUGAAUAAUGAUUCCACUGAUAUUCAUGAAGAAACACAUUAUAUGUUAUCGGAAUCGUCAAUGCGAUUUGAGAGUAUUCCAGAAAAAGGCAAGAAAGAAAUGCUUUGUUAUUUAGCACCAUGGGUUCGGAAUCUCGAGUUACGCUUCACAGAUAAAGGUGAAUUACACCCGACAACGUUUAUAAUGAUAUCCAAUCUUUUUUUUAUAACUGUUAAAUAUGGUGACAUAUUUGUCAGAGACAUCGAAAAGCUUUGGCAGCAGUUAGUUAUGGGAGAACAUGCUCGUAAUAUUCGUGCUAUAGUGAAGUUCUUGAUUGAUGUUGGUUUAGAAAAACGGAAUCCAAUGUUUGUUUUUCACGCGAAACGAGUUUUUGUUUAUCUAGGACGUACACCUACAUGUGCAGCAGUUAUAGAAGCAUUAAUCAAAGAAAUUACACCGAAAUCGAUGACCCCUCAGCCAAAAGAGAUACCAGAGCGUGAAGACUAUAAUAUAAAUGGAAUGUUUCUUGCUAAAAUAGAGGAGGCAAUGCCUCAACAUAAUAAAAAACCCGUAUUCUCAUCAGGUCAAUUAGCAAUGUUAUAUAUGGUUGACAUGGCGAUAGAAGCUGGGCCUGUUUUUGAAUUUCACCUUCCAAAAUUGUUUCAUGUUUUAUUUGUACAAUUAGAUUCACCCAAUCCUCUUAUUAGCGAGGAGACUAGAGCACUUUUGGUGAAUUUAAUUCAUUCAAUUAUCCUUUGCAAGUCGGUUUAUCCCGAAGUUAUUAAGCUCGGACAUUCUUUAGUUGCGGAAUUAAAAGCAAAGGAGGGAUCACAACUAUGGGCAUACGAAGAUAUAACAUAUUCAAAUCGAGAUAUUAAAAGUUUAUCAGAUUUAGAAAAAUUAGCUAAAGAUGUAGUGACAAUUUUUGGAGUUUCUUUAUACGGAGAGACCAAUAGUGAGGAUCUCAAGCAAUACUGGGGUGAAAUAGCAUUAAGAUGGGCAACGUCAUGCCCUGUUCGUCAUAUUGCGUGCCGAUCUUUUCAAAUAUUCCGUUCAUUAAAUCCCGGAUUCAACUUGAACAUGCUCGCAGCU